CUUAUCAGGUCUUUACUUGUAGUGCCCCACUACGGCCAUCAGGGGGCAUAGCUAGGGUAAUUAUACUGUAUCUUUUAUUAUUUUAUACUUCAUAUAACAGCAAUUCAGAUAACAAAUAACCGUGCGAGCUGUAUUAAUUAUUAAUAGUGUUUUUGGUUGUCUGACUUCCUGUUCCUGCCAGAUCUCCCUGUCCUCUGUGUUUCCAGGCAAGAGUGUGCAGUUUUCUUUUUAAUAUUUUGGGCAGAAAUGAUUGUGGCUCAUACAAAUUCCGCCUAACAACAAGAGGCCGGACAGCUAAUCGAAACGUAUCUGCUAACUAGCUAAAAUGACACAUUUUCUGUUUGUCAAAUGAAAUAUUUCCAUUGGUACACUUUAGUUAUACUGAGUAUACAGUAUACUGAGUAUACAGGCCAAAAAAUGAGCAUAAUGCAGUAGAAGUGUCUGUGUGAAUGCACCAUCUGUUAGUCUCUCUGUGCUACACAGGCUGGAUGACAAGAGGAUUCACUGGCUCGAUAUGAAAAGAGAGUGAGCAUCUUCUCAGGGAUUAAGCCUCUUUGUGCCAGUUAGCGGGGCGACACGGGGUGCUAGCAGUUAGCAAGCAGACGCGAAUAUGAAUGGAAAUGUCUGCAGCUCACAUGGUAGUUUGUUAAUAUUCUGCAUUAUACGUUGGUAGUGUAUUGUCUUUUUUUAUCCACCUAUUGCGUUGCUGUGUGUACUUUUGACACCUUGAGUAGGAAUUGUGGUGUCAAACGCGGUGACACACCGCCGAGCCAAUAUGGUACGCCUCACACAGGUACACUACACUUGAGAACCACCUGGUGGCUCAAACGUGACAAGACACAAUCAUCUUUGAAUGGUAAUAUUAACCAUUUUUUUCUUUUAAAAAGGUCAAAAUUAUUUUGGAUUUGAAAAGGUUUUAUUUAAAAUUUAUAUUUUAAUAAUAAUUAUCUGUCGAUAAUUAAUAGCAAAAUUCUCAACCAGCAAAAUUUGUUGCGGUGACAUGUGACCCAUGUCAUGUCACGACACUAAUGAGGAGCAGUCAUGUGACUUGGUCAGCUGACGUGAGGUCCCCUCCUGAUUGGCUGUGGUUGCUGCAAGGAAACCCUAAAGUGCCAGCAGGUGUAGGCAAUCAGCGGCUCCUGCUGUGGCUGGUCAACAAGCGGCGGAAAUCAAACCUAAAGAAAACAACUUUGCGGUCAGGUUUUUUUAUAGACCGCUUUGGUUCGGCACCAAGCCAGGAAGCCCUUCAGAAGUGGCAGCGAACGGCGUGGCUGGUGGUCUGGGCGGGGGCCACCUACUGGUACCUCUUUGGGAAGCCCAGUCCUUUCUCCUUGGACUCAGUCAGGCCUCCUGGACCUCGGGAGUUUGACCAGAAGAAGAGGGACAAAGUCAUCAAGCAAGGUUUCAGCCCCGACAAGGUGCCCCAGAACCUGGACGUCGUAGUGAUCGGCAGCGGCAUCGGCGGCCUGGCGGCGGGCGCCACACUGGCCAAGGCGGGCAAGAAGGUUCUGGUUCUGGAACAGCACGACCAGGCCGGAGGCUGCUGUCACACCUACGUGGAGAAAGGCUUCGAGUUUGAUGUUGGCCUCCACUACAUCGGUCAGCUCCAUGAGAACAGCCUCCUCCGCAUCAUAUUUGACCAGCUGUCUGAGGGCCAGCUGGAGUUCCAGGAGCUGAACCAGCACUUUGACACCAUCCAGAUUGGCCUGGGGGACGACAAGCGGGAGUACAGCGUCUUCUCUGGGAAAACGGAGAUGAAGGCUCACCUCAUGAAGCAAUUCCCUGACGACAAGGAGGCCAUCGAGACUUUCUUCCAGAUCAUGAAGGUCUCAGCCAAGAAGACUCACUACCUGGCGACCCUCAAGCUCAUCCCACAGUGGCUGUCCUUGUUCCUGUUGAAGUCGGGAAUCGCAGACCUGGUCUCGCCGGUUUUCCGCCUGUCUGGAACGUGUGCCACAGAUUUGGUGAACACGCUGACCACCAACAAAGACCUCCAUGUCAUCUUUUCUUACCUUUUCUACGGCGUGCCUCCAAAGGACUCCAGUAUUCUGAUCAACGCCCUCCUGGUCCAUCACUACAAACGAGGUGCCUACUACCCCAAAGGUGGAGCCAGUGAGAUCGCCUUCAACAUCAUCCGCACCAUCCAGAAACACGGAGGAACCUGCCUGGUCAGGGCUCCUGUAUCACAGAUCCUGGUCGACGACAAGGGGGCAGCUUACGGGGUGAAGGUGAGGAAAGGUGGAGAUGAAUUGGAGAUCCACGCUCCUGUGGUGGUCUCAAACUGCGGCAUCUUCACAACCUUCCAGAAACUUCUCCCUCCUGAGAUCCAAGCCAAGCCAGACAUCCAGGAGAGGCUGGGCAUGAUGAAGCACGGCAGAGGCUCCUUUUUGGUCUUUUCUGGUUUCGAUGGCACUGAAGAGGAACUGGGUCUAGUGUCCACCAACUUCUGGCUCUUCAAAAACAACGACAUGGACAAAUCAAUGGAGGAUUUUUUUGCACUGAGCAAAGAGGAAGCACCGGAUAACAUUCCCAUGAUGUUCAUCACAAUGCCGUCGUCCAAAGACCCAGAAGCCAAAAUAAGACACCCUGGGAAGUCUUGCAUGACCAUACUGACGAUGGUGAAGUACGAAUGGUUCGAGGAGUGGAAGGACACCACCGUCCGCAAGCGAGGCGACGACUACUUCAACUACAAAAUGAGAUUUGCCAACAAACUCUUCGACUGGGCCUGUCAGUUGUUCCCAAACAUCAAAGACAAGCUGGUCUUCCAGGACGUGGCCACCCCGCUGACCAACAUGCACUACCUGGGCGCUCAGCGCGGCGCCAUGUACUCGGCCGAGCACAACCUGGAGCGCUUCCAAGCCGAGGCGGUGGCGAGGAACCGGUGUCACACUUCUGUCAAGAACCUCUACAUCUCUGGCCAAGACGUUUUCAGCUGCGGAAUCGCCGGGGCGCUGCACGGCGGCAUCCUGUGCGCCUCGGCCGUGUUGGACCGCAUCGUCUACAUCGACUUGCUCCUCAUCAAGAAGAAGCUGAAGAGGCAGAAGGCCAAGGAGCUGGCCCUGCUGGCUCGGAAGAAGCUGCAGUGAGCGAACGCUCGCUCCAAACCCACUUUUUGGAAGACUUUCAUUGGAUUGCCUGUGGAUCCAAGGCCAUGUUGUGGACGCUGGUGCGACACCCGAGGCAUUCCCAACGCUUUUUACACGUCCUAUACCAAAGACGCUGUAAAAUAUGCAAGGACAUUUAAAAAAUCCUAGAAAACUAAGUAUAUAGACGAUAUAAAUUAUUAACAAUAAAUGUUAUUUAUAUUGCGUUUUAGCUACAGAGUGAAACACGAUAUUUACAUCUCGUUUAAAAACCUCCGGUCUGUGUGACCAGAUGCAAGCCAAUGGCAAAAUAUUGCGAGUAAUUGACCUUCUCCUUGGAUUUUGGAUCAACAUUUGCAAUUAAUGUGUGUUGUCAUUACAUCAACUCAAAAGCCACAACAACGACAGCCGUGUUUGGGAGUUGGAGAUACAUAUUCCAAAAAUGAUUGAAAAUGUGCUUUAUGUUGUUUAUGUUGUACUUGUACAUUUCAUGAGCGUCAAACCCUUGCUGGCGUUUUAUUCAUUUUCACAAGAGUAGCAAAUAUGGUUCCCUGCCACCUUGUUAACACCUGUGCGGCGUUCCCACCUGGGUCGCCCUCACCCGACGUCUCACCCCGCCGAUGUUUGCUUAACCGCCCAAAUCAAACAUUUAGAGGGAAACCUCACACUUCCCACACUAAGUGAACAUUUCCUCAGUAAACUUCAGCUCCGAGGGGUCCGAGAGGAUGAAUGCCCCCUCUGUCCCCACCAGUUGACGGGGCGCCAGCACAGCGCCCCGCGUGCAAGCCCGCUGCACCAUGGCGGCUGGUGAAGAAAAAGACUUUCAACUCGGAAGCGAGUGACUUUGAUUGCCUGAAAGCUCAGCAGCUGACCAAGGUGUAAUUAUCAUGGCGGGAUACGGAAACCCAAAAUAGACAUCGGCUGCAACGCUGCCACUUGCUGCUCCAAAGGGAAUCUCCUUGUGUUGCCCCGCGUUGUUUAGUGCAGUGCUUCUCUAUUAUUGUCUGUCAUGCCCCCCGUGGGGGCAACACUAGAGGAACCGAUGAUAUCUAUUUGUUCAUCUGUACUGUCCAGACCGAACUUGAAACUGAAAUCAAUGCAACAAAAUGGAGACAAUACAAGCGUAUUCAAGAGUCAAAUGGCAUGUUGAGUACUAUAAAU